AUGGAUUUUGCUAUUGGUUGCAUAUUCUCAGAUGAAAAUUUGCAAGUGGAUAAGGAGAUUCCUGAGGUUGAAGAACAAAUUGAAAAAAUAGAUAUUGAUCCAAUAUCAAAAAGUGCCAUUAUAUUUGUUCGCAGAUGGGUUCUAUCAGAAAAUUUAAAAGCGAAUCAAAAACAGCAAAUCAAAAGAAUUCCAGAGCAUAUCAAGAAAUUACUUAUUGUAAUGUUUCACACUGGUAUAGUUAAUCCUAGACUGAAAAUAAUGCUAACGAAAUGCAUGAAGAACUUUUGA